UGUUAGAGUCCAAGAAGGCGUUUGUUUUCAUCUGUUCACGGAGUUCCACUACGAGCAAAUGGCGGAUUAUCAAACACCAGAAAUACUUCGUACCCCGCUGGAGGAAAUUUGUCUGCAACUUAAGGUCAGGGCCGCCGAGAGGGAGGUGGGCAGGGGGGGUAAAUUGCCCCGGGCCCCUACCUUGAUAGGGCCCCAACUUGAGAGCGAGAGCCUAAAAUUGAGUAGGUUCUUUAAAUUGGUCGGAGAAUUUUUGAAAUUGAGGGCCCCUUAGAGUAGCUCCACAUGCAGUCUAGCUAAAAUCUAGUUGGGUGACUGACUUGGGUCUAGCUUAAAAAUAAUGAUCUCAUGGGGCCCCCAGAGAAGAUUAGCCCCAGGGCCCCGCGAAUUCUCUCGGUGGUCCUGCUUAACGUACGCACAUUUGUAUCCUGUUACAGUUUGAUUUCAGGAAACUUUGGCGACAAAUUUUCUGAAGUAUAUUUUCUUGUGUCCCUGGUCAUUUAUCUUCCUAACAUAGUCUGGUUAGUUUAACCAAGACGCUCCUGCUCAAAUAUAACCAGAUUCCUGGUUACCUUAACCACACUACAGUGGUGUAUAGAACUGAAAUGAUAACAAGUGGGGCUCUUAAGGGGGCGUGGAGAGUGCAAUCACUAGAUCACUGGGUGCAACAUGAUGAACGUGGAAAGUUCCAGUAUUUAUUUUUGGUUCUAGUAAUUCUUCUAUUAGUGUUUUUUGAAGAAACGACCUAACUUCGAAUAAACAAUUCCGAUAUAAUUUACAUUAUUUCAUGUUGGAGCCAUAUGUAUGACCUAAUAGUAUGAUCAUAGUAAUCAAGUACAGAUUACUAACAUCAUUACCACAUCAUUUCAACACUACAGUUGCAAAGAACUUUCCAGGUUAUAUGAAUGUGCAAUCCGCAAAAAUAUUGGGAUGUCCGCCCCCAAACCGGCAUGAAAUUUAGGACUACGUACCGUUGUAAUGAUUAAAUAAAUAAAUAAAUAAAUAAGUAAACAAAUAGACAAUUUCACAAUCCUUAAUUGUAUUUUGACCAAGCAUUAUUUCUUUAGAGUUUAAAGCUGGGAAUGGCUGAGCCAUUUUUGAGUAAAGCCUUGGAGCCACCUUCAGAAAAAGCAAUCAAACAAGCCAUUGCAACACUCAGACAACUCGUAAGUACGCUGGAAGAUUUUGAACAAUGCUCUUAUCUGAAAAAUUACGGUUGCCAUGGAGCAUUUUAAUUAUUAAUCACAAAGACAUUCCAUAAAUUGUUAACAUUUUAAUUCUCUAUAUUGGAAAUUAUAACAUCCUAAAAACACAAUUAUAUUGGAAAUUAUAAUAUUUGUGUUUUUUAGGAAUUUAUAAUAUAAUUUUGUUUUUUAGAAAUUUAUAAUUUCCAAUAAAAUUCUGUUUUUUUCAGAAUGCAUUUGAUUGUGAUGAGAAUCUCACACCACUUGGCUACCAUCUAGCCCGCCUGCCCGCCCAUCCACGGAUUGGGAAAAUCAUUUUACUUGGCGCCAUGAUGUCGUGUUUGGACCCAAUUUUGACCAUUGCGUCUGGCAUGGCAUUUCGAGAUCCUUAUGUUGUGCCUUUGGUAUGGUGAAAAUAUUAAAUAUUUUCUAUUAUAUAGUGUUGGGCUUGAUAAAAUUCUUUGAAACUAAUAUACGUAAACCGUUCCUUCGAUAUCAAUGUAAUCUAGUAAUCAUGAUUCGAUUCUCACCGUGGCCAGGCAUAUUUUUCAAGCUUGCCCGGUGUGGAUAUACACUCAGAGUAACAUCACAAGCAUAAUAUACGUAAACUUACAUAGUAUUGUAUAUUUGUUAUAUAGAACAAGGAAAGACAAGCUGAUGAACAUCGACGAACAUUCUCUCGAGGAACGCAAAGCGACCAUCUAACUUUAUACCAAGCUUUCAAGGUAUGUUUUACGAAGUGCCUGCACCAUUUGGCGUUGGGCCCCCUUGUCAGGGAAGGCCCUUGCCCCCCGGUCUUUCUCGAGAUUCCUCGAGUAACUCUGCAGCACAAAGUUAGAUGGUGCCAGCGUUUCCGGGGGCUUCGCGCCCUAUAGGUACCCUGUUGCUUGGCAACAUCCGUGAGUCAAAAAUUGUGUGAAGUUUCGUUGCGUAUAAACAGUUUAAAAUAUUUCAUAAUUGUAUUUUUAGAAAUGGGAAUCAGCCGAUAGAUAUGGUAACGGUUAUCAGUUUUGUUGGGAUAAUUUUCUUUCGCAUUCUGUUCUACAGGUAUGUCAGUCCUAUAUUCCGGGGGGGUCGAUCACGUCGAUGUAAGCCUAAUUCUCAUCCCCAAGGAGAAAGUCAAAGCCCCCAAAUUUUUCUUUUCCCCAGGAGGUUGCGUAGGGAUGGCAAAUUUGUGGGAAAUUGAUUAUCAAAUUGAUUAAAUUAAGGUGAAAUUUGAAUGAAAAUCUAGUUUCUUUAUUUUCUUCUGCAGUUGAUCAAAAACAUGAAAAUACAGUUUGCUGAAAAUCUCUGUCAAAUUGGUUUUAUCGCAUCAAGUGAUCCAAAGCAGGAUGCGGCAAAUUAUAACUCUAGUAAGAUAUUUUGA